AUGGAUAUUAUUAGAAUUAUUCUCAAAGAUUUGAAUGUCCGUGAUAUACUUUCGGCACUUCUAGUUAACCGAGAAUGGUGUCGAGCUGCCGUUCCAUUUUACUGGAAAGCUCCAUUUAGUUUUACCAGUAAAAGAAGCAGGGCCGCACUAAAGAUUUAUCAAAUGUAUCUUGAACAGGGAAGUAGUAGUACGUCCGCGCAGGGUGAAGCUCUAAAGGUUUUACCCUUUUUCGAUUAUCCAUUAUUUAUCAAAGAACUCAAUUAUACGAACUUAUUGAUGUUGGUCGAAAAAAUUGAAUUAAUACUUCAAAUGUUAACAGACCGAGGGGCUCGUCUUGAAACUUUUAUUAUUGAGAAUGUCCGUGUAUAUAAUUAUAAUGAAGUUUAUGGAUUAUGGACAAGACCAUGCUAUGUCCCAUUAUUCAAUACCCUUAUUCACGUUGAAGUACAUUUCCCUUUUAUGAAUAAUAAUUUCAUAAAGCCAUUAGCAGAAAAUUGCGCGAGACUGGGUCAUCACUCUCAACAAUUUGCUAAAGAAUCGAUCAAUUCUCUCGAGAAACUUAUCUCUGCUCAGCGAUGCCCUUUGAAUCUUCGGCUGGUGUAUCCAAACGGACCUGGGCACAUGCUUAUCAAAGCAUUUCAGUCCGGACUUGAAUAUUUUCAAAGACUUGAACUUGUAAAAUGGAACUUUGCUGGGUGUGAUUGGAGUUGGUUAAAUAAUUGUCCAAAUUUGACCGAAUUUGCAAUUACAAAUCCUCCACCUCAAGUUUUUAAAAUUUUGGGUACAGAGAAUGAAUCUUAUCUCUUUAGACCAUCGCUAAAUAAGAAGUCAAGAGUUUUAACUGAACAUUGGCAUUUUGACAAAGAUGACGACGAAAUCUCCUCAAUGCAAAAAUUUUUCUUUCACCAUAAAAAAUCAUUGAGGGUACGAUAUGAUCCAAGGAUAGUUAGUUGA